GUGUGGUCAGUACGAAUCUGACUUCGCUAGAAAUCGGAUAUAUAACUGUAAUCAGCAAUAGUUAACUGUAUUUCGAAACAGUUUAGUUGUUUUAAUUUCUAAACAUUAGCAGGAAAACACAACGCACCUUUUUGUCUUGUCCUUUUUUAUUAGAGUGCGUUGAUGCAGUUAAGAUUGUGAUGUAUUUUAAUUCACUCACUUUUUCAUUCUUAUAUUUAUUGGCCUAAGUGCGUCGCUGUAGUUCAAAUUUUGAUGAGUAGGAAAUUAGGACAAAACUCUAAUUUGUAUUCGUGACCCACUGAAUAGAUUCAAAUUCUAACAUAUUUAAACGUACAUACCUGAGUGUAAAAAAUACACUCACAAUCAUUCGACUUUAUUCUGAUGCACAAUCUUCACGGUCGUUUUAAAACCGAUUCAAUGCUAUGCUCAAGCUGUUUUGCAGACAGGCCGACAAAGAGUCUGGAAUUAGAUUUAUCAAAGUACAGAAUCCAAGGUGAUUUUAAACGCUUAGACUGCAGAGUCUGUGGUAAUUUUGUCGCGAUUCAAAGUGGCGAAGACAUAAUCAAAGUUGAUGGAGAAAUUGAUAUUCACUUCCAACAACGGAAAAAUUUAUCUGCUGGAAAAGAAGAUUCUUGGUGUGAGGUAAACGAUUCUUUUUUUCCUGCAUAUUUUUUGUGUUAUUUAUCAAUUUCACAGGCAAAAACGGAGAAGGAAAGAAUCGUUUACUACGCGUUGAGCCAGAUCGUUUACCCUGAGCGUGACGCGCCGAAUGGAGAUAAAUUCGAGUCAAUGUACGAUUUUGCUGACGAAUCCGAUUUAGUUAUGCUCAGAUGGAAAUCCGGAAUUCCAAUCGGAUUCUACACACUGAAACGCAAAGGAUCAUUAAUUUCGAUGACAAACGAAGAAUAUUCGAUGCCCACUUUAGACACGGCCUACAUUAGAUCAGAGUAUAGAAGGCGAGGAAUUGGGAUUGAGAUUCUUGAAAAUAUAACGCAAAUGUUCCCUGAAGAAGAAAUCGGCUUGUCCAGACCGAUAUCAGACGCGAUGUGGAAAGUUUUAGAGAAAUUUCUAACGACGAAUAAAGCCGUUCGUUUAAAAUUCUGGGAAAUUGAAGACGGUGGUAACGAGGGAAACCGAAAAUUGAUAUGGUUCAUGUUGAAAAAACGGAAGUCGAAUAGUAGCUUCGAAUAACGUGCAUAGAUAACAUUGACAUAUUUAUUAUAAAUAGUUAGGAAAAAAAAGUGAAAAGGGAUACAAUCCAAGGCGAAUGAUGUAUAAUAACUCAGUAUGCGAUAAUAAUAUUUAUACACAUGA